UCCAAGUGAUUCUUACUUGUGACAGGAAAGAGCUCAGAGCGCGUGCUCUUCCUUCGCUCGUAGUUGCUCUUCUCUUCUUCCACUGCAAGUUGCCUGCAACACCCUCUCCGAUCCCAAUCCAAUCCAACCCAAUCACUCCGCAAUUCGAUGCUUGUUUCAUUCAACAUCUGAGACUCAGAAGAACCAACAAAACCCUUCUUCUUCUUCUUCUCUUUCUCAUGGCUUCUAAACACCUCACCAGUCUCACCAUCCCUUCAUCCUCUUCCUCUUCCUCCUUCUCCGCCGUCAACCCAUCUCCGUCCACCGCCGCCAUCAUCCAAAGCAGGUCCCACUCCUUCGUCGGCCCCUCCCCGCGCUUCGCCCCCGCCUCCAACUCCGACAUCUUCACCAUCGACGAACUCGAUCUCCACAGCACCAGCAGUGACGAUGAAGAAGAACAAUUAAUCCCCGAAAAAGUCAAAUUCGGCCCCUCCAAUUUCCAGAUUCUCAGAGUCGUCGGACAAGGUUCCUUCGGGAAGGUCUUCCUCGUCAGGAAGAAAAACGGCAACGGCGACUCCUCCGGUGACUCCUCCGGCGACGGUGACGGCGUGUUUGCAAUGAAGGUCAUGAGGAAAGACACCAUUAUAAAAAAGAAUCACGUUGAUUACAUGAAAGCUGAGAGAGACAUUCUCACGAAGCUUAUUCAUCCUUUCAUUGUUCAGCUUCGCUACUCUUUCCAAACCAAAUCGAAGUUGUAUUUGAUUUUGGACUUCAUCAAUGGUGGUCAUCUCUUCUUUCACCUCUAUCGUCAGAGGAUUUUUAGUGAGGAUCAGGCAAGGAUUUACACUGCUGAGAUUGUAUCUGCUGUUUCACAUCUUCAUAGCAACGGCAUCGUGCACCGGGAUCUUAAGCCUGAAAAUAUACUUAUGGAUGCUGAUGGGCAUGUGAUGCUAACUGAUUUUGGGCUGUCUAAAGAAAUUGACGAAUCUGGAAGAUCCAAUUCUCUGUGUGGGACGACCGAAUAUAUGGCUCCAGAAAUCCUUCUGGGUAAAGGCCAUAACAAGGAUGCAGAUUGGUGGAGUGUGGGUGUUCUGUUGUUUGAAAUGCUAUCUGGGAAGGCACCGUUUAUACACACUAACAGGAAGAAGCUUCAGGAGAAAAUUAUUAAAGAGAAAGUCAAACUUCCACCAUUCCUUACCACUGAAGCUCACUCUUUGCUCAAAGGAUUGCUGCAAAAGGAUCCAACUACAAGGUUAGGCAGUGGACCAAAUGGAGAAGAGCAGAUCAAAAGUCAUAAAUGGUUUCGGUCAAUCAAUUGGAAGAAAUUGGAGGCAAGAGAACUGAAGCCAAAGUUCAAACCAGAUGUGUCUGGAAAAGACUGCACAGCUAAUUUUGACAAAUGCUGGACAGCGAUGCCUCUUGAUGACUCACCUGCAUCAACACCUACAGCAGGUGACCAUUUCCAGGGCUAUACUUAUGAGGCACCAAACCCUUGGCUUUCUUCUGGAUAAACUGAAGGCUCUCAAAUCCAAGGAAAUUUGUAUAUGUGGAUGGAUAAAAAAUUAACCUGAAGAAGGCAGGCUUACUCAUUGUAAGCUUGUUUCAUAGCAUGUAAGUAACUCGAUUUUUCACUCAUAAGGUGCCACCCAAUCUUUUAAAGUUGUUCUUAAAUGAACAUUGUAA